AUGACGGCUGAAGGACUAUUAUAUGGCUCAGAAAUAGAUGACACAGUGCGUGAAAACCGAUUGGUAGUAAGUGGCUCCAAUGCGCAUCACGAUCUCUGGCAUUCAAGCCUACCAAACGAUCGUAAGGGACAGCGAUUGGCUGAGCAAAUGGACGAUUCGACAUUCAGCACUGUGAACGACGAAGCCCCCACCAAGGUAGUGGGCAAUUGCAGAAGCUCGCCUGACCUAACAAUAGCUAGCGCGGGUCUGAUAAAUAGCAUCACGUGGCGACCUAUGCUAUCGCUUGCAUCAGACCACUUGCCCAUUAUCGUCUCGAUUGAGAGACCUGCCGACUUUGUUUCCGCGAACCACCGGUUCUAUUUUAACUUUAAAAAAGCUAAUUGGGCCGGCUUCACGGAAUUCACCGAGGACACCUUCGCCGCUCUUCCCAUCCCCACUGCUGUGCGCGUUGGCGAACGCGCAUUCCGCAAGGUGCUCACAGCUGCUGCGGCCCGCUUCAUUCCAGCUGGAAGUUUCAAGGACAUCCAUCCUCAUUUCCCAGUCGAAGCAGCCAGUUUGGCAAACGAGCGCGACCACCUACACCAGGCCGAUCCCGUGGAUCCCCGCAUAAGGGAUCUCAAUUUGGAGAUCCGGCAACUGGUAGAUCAACACAAGCGG